AUUGUCAACCUGUGAACCUUGCAGAAGCAGCUCCUACCACACAAGGCUCCGAAAGGAAGGGCUGGAUUGCAUAAGAGCUAACACCAGAAAUUUUUCACUUUGUGUAAGGUCCACCUUAGAAGGCUAAGCUCAGCAGUUUCUGGAAGAGACACGCCAAAUUGCACUCUGUAAGGUACUGCAGAACUGACCACAUCAGGGAGAAAUUUCUUCACCUAGAAGUCUGUUCUUCUCAUUUGUUCCUGGGGACAACUGUGAAGAUUGGUGUAGAGGCAGCUCCCCGGGUGAGGACUCAUGCCCUUCUCUCCCUACCUCAAAAGAGAUAAUCAUUGCUUUGUGGCAUCGUCUCCACGCUAAGGUAUCUGCCGUGAUGUUCCCAUUACAAGGUGCCCAGAUGCUUCAGAUGUUGGAGACAUAUUUGAGGAAGAGUCUUCCUGAAUCCUUAAAGGUUUAUGGGACUGUCUUCCACAUGAACCAAGGAAACCCAUUCAAGCUAAAGGUCCUGGUGGACAAGUGGCCUGAUUGUAAUACAGUAGUCGUCCGCCCUCAGGAGCAGGAGAUGAUAGAUGAUUUUGAUCACUACACCAAUACUUAUCAAAUCUACUCCAAGGACCCUGAGAACUCUCAGGACUUCCUCAGCUCACCAGAGGUCAUCAACUGGAAACAGCACUUGCAGAUCCAAAGUUCACAGUCCAGCCUGAAUGAGGCAAUACAAAAUCUAGCAGUCAUGAAAUCCUUCAAAGUCGAGCAAACACAGCGCUUUCUCUAUAUGACAACUGAGGCUAUAAAGAAACUGGUUCCUUCCCUGCUGGAUGUAAAGAAUUUACCACCCAACAGUGGCAAACUAAAAGCCAUCAACCAAGAGAUGUUUAAACUCUCAUCCCUGGAUGUCACCCAUGCUGCCCUGGUGAAUAAAUUCUGGCAUUUUGGUGGCAAUGAGAGGAGCCAGAGAUUCAUCGAGCGCUGUAUCAGGAGCUUCCCCAGCUUCUCUCUGCUGGGGCCUGAGGGGACCCCCGUGUCAUGGAGCCUGAUGGACCAGACAGGAGAGAUGCGGAUGGGAGGCACCGUGCCUGAGUACAGAGCCCAGGGUCUUGUCACCUAUGUUGUCUACACCCAGUCCCAGGCUCUGGAGAAGCUCGGCUUCCCCACAUAUUCUCAUGUCGACAAGAAUAACAAAAUUAUGCAGAAGAUGUGUUAUAAUCUGCAUCAUCUUCCCAUGCCCUGUGACUGGAACCAGUGGCACUGUGUACCUCUGUGAUGUUGUCCUAUACAUAAGACAGUGUCGAAUGUGGCUGGAGUAGUGGAUGGGUGGAUGGACCAAAAGAAUAAAUGGUAAUUGCGGUCAUCGGUAAGAGACUGGUCUCUGGG